CGGUGGAACCUUAAGUAGGUCACGGUGCAGCUAGUAUGGAACCAUCGAUAAGAACAGUCUUCGGCCCAAAGUCGUGACUCUUCUCGGCGGGCUUUUUCUGAUAUUGUAUCCCGCCAGGUUUCGGACGACCGUGGAAGUGCGAUUAUUCAGAGCAUCAAUUCUUCACCCCCAAGAAGGCACUUCAAUUGACACCGCCCACUCCACUGGUUGCGUUCUUCACAGUGGGCUUCGGGUACGCAAUUGCUUGUCAUGGCCGAGCAUGGCAAUCCCGAGCAAUCGAUUGCUUAUCAUGUACGCACACGCGAGUCGGACGGGGAAGACGAAGGCGGGGUCGAUUCUGGCGCAGCUCAACAAGAGAUAGCAGACGAUAUGGCCAGCCCAUGGAACGAGUCUGCUAUGGAGUACGAACAGGGCGAUCUGGAGGAGGGAAUGCUGCCCAGGGAUUUGCCUAAACGCACAACAUUCUACGACCCAGUGGCCGAGCGUCAAAUGAGCCAGACCGAUGCCAAGCUCUUCUACCAGCGCAGCAAAGCCGACCCCAAAAGUGGCUCUGGAAGCGCUGUCUGGUCACACACAACGCCCUUUGGCAGUCCCAUGAUAGCAUCUGGCUCCCAUCCGGCAACCGAAUAUGGAGGUGACUCUCUGGUACUAGACUCGGACGGUCGUCACUCAGACGUCCCAGGGUCUUGGAAAAGCCGACCAGAGACACCUUCCCAACAUGCGGAAUCAACACCGCCAACAAGCUUCCCUCAGAAGGCCAAGGUUCAGGGCUCUCCCGCCGCUAGAUACCAGGGAGGCGCAGCUGCCCGUGAAACCCAAGCUUCCUUCGAAGGACAUGGCCCCCAAGUCACCAAUGUCGGGCUGUCUGGGAAUAGUCUAUUCGACACGGAACCGCACAUUACGUCGGAAUUGAGUGAGAUUUCGAAGAACAUCCAGCGCAUUCUAGAUUUGAGGCGCAAGUAUAUCAAUUUGUCGAACCAGGGCCCGAACGACAAUCCUCGAGACCAGCCAGGUUGGGAUGUUUACCCACCACCGCCUGACCCCGCCUGGACCCGCAGCAACGAGGGUCAAAAUGGCCCUGGAGGUCCAUCCAGUGCCCCAGACGGUCUUGCCGGUGGUGCUCAUCAAGGAAAGGCGAAGGAUUCGAAACGACCAAACCGCAAGCGCAAACCAGGCCAAGACAUCGGAGAAGAUUUCGAUAUGGAAGACCUUCUCCCAUUGCCGGGGGAUGAUGGAAUGAUCUUUGAGCAAGAUGCGAGUGGCGUUUAUCAAGUCUUCGACAGCGCUGAUGCCCAGGCACCUGCGGUGAAGGUGCCCACGAUUCGCGAGUUUUACAUGGACUUGGACGAGCUACUGAACACAUCGUCGGACGGUCCCACGAAAAGCUUUGCCUUUCGACGACUACAAUAUCUUGAAGGCAAAUUCAACCUCUAUGUUCUACUAAACGAGUAUCAAGAGACAGCAGACAGUAAGAAAGUGCCGCACCGAGACUUCUACAACGUUCGAAAGGUCGAUACUCAUGUUCACCACUCGGCAUGCAUGAACCAGAAGCAUCUUCUGCGAUUUAUCAAGAGCAAGAUGAAGAAAUUCCCCAACGAGGUGGUCCUAUACAGGGAUGGCAAGCACUUGACGUUGGCAGAGGUCUUUGCCAGUAUCAACUUGACCGCAUACGAUCUGAGCAUUGACACUCUGGAUAUGCAUGCCCACACGGACUCGUUCCAUCGAUUCGAUAAGUUCAACUUGAAGUACAACCCCAUCGGGGAGUCGCGUCUUCGCACGAUCUUUCUGAAGACGGACAAUUUCAUCCACGGCCGCUACUUGGCUGAGAUCACGAAAGAAGUCAUCUCUGACUUGGAGUCGAGCAAGUACCAGAUGGUUGAAUGGAGAGUUUCGAUAUACGGAAAGUCUAUCGAUGAAUGGGAUAAGCUCGCUGCGUGGGUGGUUGACAACAAGCUAUUCUCUCACAAUGUGAGAUGGCUGAUUCAGAUACCACGUCUCUACGAUGUCUAUAAGGCAAGCGGCUUGAUGGACACGUAUGAGUCGAUUGUGCAGAACAUCUUCCAACCACUUUUCGAAGUUACCAAGGAUCCAUCAAGCCAUCCCAAGCUACAUGUGUUCCUGCAACGCGUCAUUGGCUUUGACAGUGUCGAUGAUGAGAGCAAGGUCGAAAGACGGCUCUUCAAAAAGUUCCCGGUCCCCAAAGAAUGGAACACCAAGCAAAACCCGCCUUACACGUACUGGAUCUACUAUCUCUACUCCAACACAGCAUCUCUCAACUACUGGAGGAAAAAGAGGGGCUUCAACACCUUGGUAAUUCGCCCACAUUGCGGCGAAGCCGGUGACAGUGAGCACUUGGCCGUGGCAGCGCUGUGCUGCCACAGUAUCAGCCAUGGACUGCUUUUGCGCAAGGUACCACUGCUGCAGUAUGUGUUUUACCUGGAGCAGAUUGGCAUUGCAAUGUCCCCGUUGAGCAACAACGCGCUCUUCCUCGCGUACGACCGCAAUCCAUUUCACCAGUACUUCAAGCGCGGCUUGAAUGUGUCAUUGUCGACCGACGAUCCCCUUCAGUUUGCGUUCACCAAAGAGCCUCUGAUUGAGGAGUACUCUGUCGCGGCCCAAAUCUACAAGCUCAGCUCCGUGGACAUGUGUGAACUCGCAAAGAACUCUGUUCUGCAGAGCGGCUAUGAACUGUCGAUUAAGAAGAAGUGGUUGGGCGAUGGUUGUGAUCGGCCGGGACGGCUCGGCAAUGUUAUGGUGAAGACUAACGUGCCGGAUCGAAGAGACGAGUUCAGGUAUCACACUCUCCUCCAGGAGAGGGAUGUGCUUCGACAAUAUGUAAACCAUGGUCAAGAGACAGCAGUCCCACCAAGUACAAGUGGCCCCGAGUCCAACACCAAUGGCGGUACGCCAGCCAAAGGUUUCCAAACUCCCGCAGAUGCACCGACAAACGGGGCGCCAUCAGGCACGGUGGAAGAUCCCCAGAGCGUACAGGCAAACCACAACGAUUACGGUGCUCAUCUUUCUGGAAACGAGGCCCGCGCAUUUCCUGGCGUCUUCACGCGCGGGAACCGCACAGGCAGCCUGCGGAAGGACGACCCAGCUCCGGGUACUCAUACACCCAGCGACGGAAACACCUCUUAGUGCAGUGGACGGCUCCGGUCUCUGAGUGAAUCAGAAGUGAAUACCUUGUGCAAGUUUUAGGCGACUGCUGUUGGUCCACCCUCUCUACCGGCAGAGACGACUAGACUAGUAGUAGUCUUUAGAAGACCUUUAUGUAAUCAUGGUCGGAGGUACUUGACUCGUGUGGCCAUCGGAAUUUGCACAAACAAUCGACAACAAAUGUUCCUAACUAAAUAUGCAAGUGUACGGGUUGCGAGAAUGUUUGGGUAUCUCGGUGGAUUGAGUGGCUGCUGCCCCUUUGGAUGGAUCGAUCACCACUGUCGCACUGGACCUGAUGACGUCGGGAAUGCAGCCGAGUGACUGGAGUGCACGCGCAUUUUAGCUCACUCUGUGGCGCAAAUCUAGUUGGACGGCAGAGCAUAAGCAGAAAAGAACGUCUAUGACACGCAGGGGGAUUUCGGGUGCAGCACUAUACA